UUUCAGUUUAUAUCAGAGAGCCCAAUGGAGUCUUUUGAAGAACCCAGUCAGAUUAGAAGGGAUAACUUAUUAGAAGUUCCUGCUUUAAAUGACUCCCUUUCAGAAGAUGAAGAUAUUAAAGGUACCCUUAAGCCUCGUUUCUCCCCCCUUCCCCGAAGGCGUAAUUCUGCUUCUUCAGAAGACAUGGAACCAGAACCCCCAUCUACCAUUGCAAGAAAAGUUUCAUUUGCUGAUGCAUUCGGCUUUGAUCUUGUGUCUGUUAAAGAGUUUAAUACCUGGGACGUUCCAAUCAUAUCACAAAAUGAUGACUUAGAAGUUAAAGUUUUAACUGCGGAGGAAUAUUUUCUCUCUCCACUGUUUAUAUUACCUGCAUCACAAGAAGACCUUUUGCAAAAAGUGCGUGUACAGAAAGUACUGCUAGAGUCAAUUGAAUUCCUACCUGGGAUAACAUGUAUGAAGGGCAUUAUUCGAGUUCUAAAUGUAUCUUUUGAAAAGUUGAUAUAUGUGAGAAUGUCACUGGAUGACUGGCUAACUUACUAUGACAUCUUAGCAGAAUAUGUGCCUAAUUCUUAUGAUGGUGAAACUGACCAGUUCUUCUUUAAGAUUUCAUUGGUUCCUCCUUAUCAGAGAAAUGGAGCUAAAGUUGAGUUCUGUAUACGUUAUGAGACAUCUGUUGGUACAUUCUGGGCAAACAACAAUGACAAAAAUUACAUACUACUCUGUCAUAAGAAAGAAACUGUGCAGGAGGUGGAUGAUGCAUCUCACGAAGAGGCUACUGACAAAUACAUCAAAGGUUGCUUAAAGACAUCGCCAAGCAGCAAAGAAGAAAUAUUGGCACUAUCUGAUGAAGACAUAUGGAAUAAUUCAAGGACUUCAGAGGCAAACAUCCCCAAAAUUGUUUAUUCACAUGAGAAGGACAAAGACAUUGAACCACGUCGUGAAAAUGUAAAAGAUAUAAAUGUUGAAUGCAAUGAAGAUAAUAAGGAAGAUAAUGAAAAAGAAUUAGAGUUGCUGCUAAGUCAGCAGUUCACAAGAACUAGAGGUACUUCUUCCAGAGAUGAAAGGAAUUUAUACACAACAGAGCCAGUUAAUUUUCCAAAUGAAACCCAAGGACUGGAGAAUAAGCUAACACUUAUGGAAACAGGCACUGACUUGCUCAGGCAGCCUGUGCCUAUCAGCCCCCCUUCAGAAAAUACUUUACAAGAGCUAGGAGAAGAAUUACAUGAUAACAACAAGUAUUCCAUAAGAUAUGAUUAUAGUCAGCCAUUAGCAGAGGAAAUUACUGCAGGCACUGUAAACAAUAGUGAGCAGCCUUUGGAAUGCAUUGGUACCAGUGAAAUGCUUUUAUCACAGGAAUAUUUGCCUGGAACAAUGCAAAAUGUGACUAUCCAUAUUAAAGAUACUGUCUUAAGCAGACAAGGAAUGAGCCAUGUAGAUAUUUCAAAAGGUGAAACAGAUAGUGCCUCAGGAAGCGAAAUGAUGGAGCGGUUAUUCAUCAGUGACGAUGAUGCUGAUAUCUACAAAGAGGCCUGUGAAAUGAGACCAGAAACAAUUUCUUCAGAGGAUGAUGUAUCAAUGCAAUUAAAUACAUGCGUAACUGAAGCACUGGAUGACAAUGCUAAUCCAGCUCCAGAGCGACACAUUCUGCAACCAUCUCACCUAAUGCUAGCGUCAGUAUUGCCAGACAGUGACAAACAUGAAGAAAAAGGCGAGACGAUUUUAAGCAAAGAUCAGGUACAUUUUAGAGGAGAUCUAUAUGCUGAGGCUUUUGCACAUUCUGAUAUCUCAAUAGAUUCCUCGAAAAGCCCAUAUACAGAAAAAGAAGUUGUGGUGAAAGUAUCAAAGAAAGACUAUAACACUGAUAUAGGAAAAGAGGAGGAAGAAAUCAAGUUAGAUGAGUUAGGACUAAUUAAAGAGCAGGAGAGUGUUGACACCAUAGCUCUGAAACUUUUCAGUGUUCAGGGAAAAUAUAUUACUGACACAAAAACCACAACAUUGCCAUCAGCGUCAGAUAAUAAACAUGAAGCCAAGCCUUCACAAGCAGAAGACCAUAUGAUUUCCCAUGUAGCUGAUGAAAGAAGACCUGAAGACACUCAUGAAUUCAAAGAGUUUACUUGGCUAAAAGAUAGGGGAAGCUCUGAUAACAGAAGUCGAGGAAAAGAAAUCACAAGCUCUGUUGAAGGCAAACAAGGGAAAGAGGAAUACAGUGAGUUAAGUGAUAACUUGAGGAAAACAGACAGUAGAUACCCUGAUGCUAUUCAGAGUAAAAUGACUACUUUCCCCACUGGUUACCCAGUCUUUGCAGUGACAACUGGCAAAGCAAGAGCUACAAGUAUUAUGUCAUUGAACCCAGAGGAUACGCUUGAUAUUAAGGAGAAUGAUCAUAAGCUUUUUGAGGAACGAAUGUACAGCCAAGAUAAUUUCCCAACAAACAAAAAUAUUUUGGAGACAGAUUCUUGUCAACUUCAAAUUGAGAAAUCAGACAGCAUGGUUACAGAUGAUCAGAGCAGGGUAGUGUGUGAAAAUCAAAGGUGGAGUGUUUCAGGAAGUCAACCAGUAGAAAGAGAGAGUGAGAUAAAUAGAACAGAACAGAUUAAAGAGCAAACAGAUGGUGAAGUCAUGUUGGGAAUGAGGGAUAAGACAAGGUAUUUGAAUGUUACUUCCACCGAAGAAUUGUUUACCUGCCAAGAAACAGUGAGGUGUGAAAAGUCUUCUGUAGCUGAACAUGGUAAUACAGAGGAAGCAGAAGCAGGUACAGCUUAUAUAAUUAAAACAACAUCAGAAAGUGCUUCAGAAAAAAUGUCUGCUAGUGAAAAAGCAGUAAUUGCUAAGCUACCUCAAGAGACUGCAGUAAGUGACAGGCCCACAGAGGAAAAGGAAACAGCGUUUGAUACACAUGAAGGGAGAAAUGAUGGUUCACAUUAUACUCUUUGUCAACGCAAUACAGUGGGUGUAUUAUAUGACACUGAAUUUGAAAAGGAAUCAGUUUUAGAUAUUUAUAAUGCACAUGUACGUGAAACACUGCAAGGCGAAAUGAUGCCUGUAUGCAAUACCAAGGAAAAAGUUUCCAAAGCAGAACAUGACAUUGGAAAUAAUCCACCUGUAGAGGAAAGAUUACGGGCUUCUGCUAUAGAAGGAAAAGCAGGUUUGGAGCAGGAUUUAUAUUCAGAAGAAUCACUGAAAGCUCCCCCAAAUCCCGAGCAGUGUUUGUACAGUGACGAAGCUGAAGAACGUCAUAAGGAAAAAAACAUUUUUGGAACACUUUCCCAUUCAGGUGCCAAAGGUGAAACAAAAACACCACUCUCUGAUACAAAUAUUGUUCCCAGUUUUCAUUAUGAAAGCUCUCCAGUGACAACUUCUGAAGAGUCUAUUGAGGUGGUUACUGCUGAGGUAGAAAAUACAGAGCAUCCAUAUACAGCCCCUGCAUUCAAAUCCAUUGACAAUAUUUCUGCUGAGUCAGGAUAUUAUUUCAACCUACCAAGCGAAAUGACAUGUAUUAAUAAAAACACCUCUGCUGAGGUUGAACACAAAGAAGUUCUUGAGACUUCGGACAUGUUGACUUCAAGUGAUGAAAGAGAAAGGAAUAUAGGCCAGUGUUUCCAUCAAACAGAGUUCAGACAAGAGGAGUCAUUAGGGCCAAUGAUUUUAAUUAGUGAGCCUACUGAAGAAAUAGAAGAGACAAGCUCUGAAUCUGAAGGUUUAAUAACUGAGGGGAAAAUAUUAAACUGGCCUGAUGACGCAGAGCACGAAAACCAGCACAUUUCUGAUUCUUCAGAUAUUUCUGACCAGAAAAGCGAAACACAUAGUUUACCUAGUGAGUCUCUAGUUUUAAAGCAUAUCAGUUAUAGAAUCUUUUAUUUCCUCUUGUUUGUUGUAUUUGUUGUAACCAUCUACCACUAUGAUUUAAUGGUUUGCUUUGCACUCUAUCUAUUUUCCUUGUAUUGGCUAUACUGGGAGGGAGGAAGACACAAGGAGUCUGUCAAAAAGGAGUAACAUUAAGUUUCAUUGUCUACAUACUGUACUUAAGGUUUGAGGUUGAUUACUUCCCCCCACCCUAAAGCAUUUUAAUUGUUAAAAGGAAAUAUUCAUUGUUAGAACCAGAGCAAGUUUUCUCUUAAAGCAUCUUUCUAAAAGGAAUACAUCUGAAGUUUGCUCCUUCAUAUAAGUAAUUAUUCUAUAUAGGACCAUUAUAUUUGGAUCAUUAAAUACCUAUAUGAAUAUGAGAUCUGAAGCACGUCAAGUUAAAAUUAAGUGCAGAUGUUGCUCCUUAGCAGGCUGUGAGGUUGCAAUGCUUCAUAUCUCUGCAGUACUUAAAAACACCAUUUCUUGCAUUAAUUUCUCUUGCAGUAAAGCUUCAUGGUUUUUUCUGAGUUUUUCCUAAGGUUUUAUACAGUAGAUAACAGGGGAAUGGAAUUAUGACUAAGUCAGUACUUUAAUAUUGAUCUUGCAAUUGGUGAUCUACUACUGUAAUUAACCAAUACAUUUUGGGAGAUGAAAUCUGUUGGUAGAUUGAAUAGUUCUUUCGGUUUUUUAUUUCAUUGUUUUAAGUUAGUGCAAUAAUAACAUUAAUAUCUGAAAAUGUCAAGCUUAGACUCCAGAAACAUUAUGUAACUUUGUGUACGUAAUACUUCAGCAGAAUAUAUUAGCUGCUUUCAUACUUCCGAGCUGAAGAAUACAGCUAUGAGACUGUUAUCAUUCACUUGCACAAACAUUUAUAGAUGGGUUGUCUUCAAAUAAUAUUUAUAUAUUUUUUGUAAAUGAAGACUGUGUAACACAACUGAAGAAUUUAAUUGAAUUCAAAAUUAUUCCAGAUAGACCUUUUGAAUGAUGUUUUUCACCAGUGUUGUUUAAGAAAGGCAUUCGUAUCUUCAAAGCAUUAAAUAAAUAAAAAGGAGUGAAUGAUU